CGGCGGAGUAAAAGGGGUGGGUGGUGCUGGGAGUCGCCGCGCCAGGGUGGUGGGCACCGCGGUCCCGCCCCAGGCCUCACGCCCUCGGAAGGUGCUGCGGCUACCCGGAGUAAAACUAUGUAGCCUCUGGAGAGACUUUCUGACCCCUGGGAAGUCCAUAUGGCUCUGUAUGAUGAAGACAUCUUGAAGAAUCCUUUCUAUGUGGCUCUUCAGAAGGCGCGACCUGACUUGUGCAGUAGGGUGGCGCAGAUCCAUGGUGUGGUAUUAGUGCCCUGCGAAAGGAGCCUGUCUAGCAACCUUCCGUCCACGUAUCAGUUCGAGUCCUAUCUUUUGAUACCAGAGGAAGGACAUUUUCAGACCUUCGAUGGAAAGGAUGUCUUUAUACAGGGAAACAGGAUUAAAUUAGGAGCUGGGUUUACUUGUCUCCUCUCUGUGCCCAUCCUCUUUGAAGAGACUUUCUACAAUGAAAAAGAAGAAAGUUUCAGCAUCCUGUGUAUAGCCCAUCCAUUGGAGAAGAGGAGGAACCCAGAUGAGCCUUCAGUGGCCCCAGAUCCGUUUUUCCUGAAAACCAUUGAAGAUGUGAGAGAAUUUUUGGGAAGACAUUCCGAGAGGUUUGACAAGAACAUCGCUUCCUUCCACCGGACAUCCCGGGAAUGUGACAGGAAGAGCCUGCGUCACCUCAUAGACUCGGUGAAUGCUCUCUACACCAAGUGCCUCCAGCAGCUUCUGAGAGAUUCUCAUUUGAAGGUUCUUGCAAAGCAGGAGGCUCAGAUGAACCUGAUGAAGCAGGCAGUGGAGAUGUACGUGCAUCAUGCUACCUAUGACCACAUCUUUAAAUUCGUGGGGACCAUGGAAGCAAGCGAGGACGCCGCCUUUAACAAAAUCACAAGAAGCCUUCAAGAUCUUCAGCAGAAAGAUCUAGGUGUAAAACCUGAAUUCAGCUUCAACAUCCCUCGUGCCAAGAGAGAGCUGGCCCAGCUGAACAAAUGCACCUCCCCGCAGCAGAAGCUGCUCUGCCUGAGGAAGGUGAUACAGCUCAUCACGCAGUCUCCCAGCCACAGAGUUAACUUGGAGACCAUGUGUGCAGAUGAUCUUCUAUCAGUCCUGUUGUAUCUGCUUGUGAAAACAGAAAUCCCUAACUGGAUGGCAAAUUUGAGUUAUAUGAAAAGCUUCCGAUUCUGCAGCUCAGCGAAAGAUGAAUUGGGAUACUGCCUGACCUCCAUCGAGGCUGCGAUCCAAUACAUCCGCCAAGGCAGUCUGUCUGCAAAGCCGCCUGAAUCUGAAGGACUGGGGGACAGACUGUUCCUUAAGCAGAGAAUGAACUUCCUGUCACAGAUGGCUUCUACGCCUACUGACUGCCUGUUUGAGCACAUCGCAUCUGGGAACCAGAAGGAAGUGGAAAAGCUUCUGAGCCAACAGGACUGCGACAGGGACAUCGUCCAGAAAAUGUGCCACCCACUAUGCUUCUGUGAUGACUGUGAGAAACUCAUGUCUGGCAGGAUGAACGAUCCCUCGGUUGUCACCCCGUUCUCCAGAGACGACAGAGGCUACACACCUCUCCACAUGGCUGCUCUGUGUGGGCAGGCGUCGCUCAUCGACCUGCUGGUGUCCAAGGGCGCGGUGGUGAACGCCACGGACUACCACGGCGCCACCCCGCUGCACCUGGCGUGUCAGAAGGGCUAUCAGAGCGUGACGCUCCUGUUGCUUCACUACAAAGCCGGUGCCGACAUCCAGGACAACAACGGCCACACGCCGCUCCACCUGGCCUGCACGUACGGCCAUGAGGAUUGUGUGAAGGCGCUGGUGUACUACGACGCGCAGUCGUGCCGACUGGACAUCAGCAAUGAGAAGGGAGACACGCCUCUCCACAUAGCCGCGCGCUGGGGUUACCAAGGUAUCAUCGAGACGCUCCUGCAGAAUGGCGCGCCCACGGAUGUCCAGAACAGAAUGAAAGAAACACCACUGCAGUGUGCACUGAACGCAAAGAUUCUGUCUGUAAUGCAAGCCCACCAGCUGCCCUCAGAGAGGAGGUCUGCGCUCGGUGAGGCUCCUGCCCAGUCCCCUCAGCACUCCAUGGACUCCAUCAGCCAGGCCUCGUCCACCUCCAGCUUCUCCUCAGCACUGGCGAGCUCUCGGCAAGAGGAGGCCAAGAAGGACUUCAGGGAGGUAGAAAAACUAUUAAGAGCUGUUGCAGAUGGAGAUCUAGAAAUGGUUCGCUACCUUUUGGAGUGGACAGAGGAGGACCUGGAUGAAGCUGAUGAUGCUGUCGGUGUGGCAGGUGUGGAAUUCUGCCACCCCUUGUGCCAGUGCCCCAAGUGUGCUCCAGCCCAGAAGAAGCUGGCCAGGCUUCCUGCCAGUGGGCUGGGGGUGAACGUGAGCGAUCAGGAUGGCACCUCCCCCCUGCAUGUGGCCGCCCUUCAUGGCCGCACCGACCUCGUCCCUCUGCUGCUGAAGCAUGGUGCCAGCCCCAGAGCGCGGGACGCUGCGCAGGCCACGCCGCUCCACCUGGCCUGCCGGAAGGGCCACUUUGAGGUGGUGAAAUGUCUGCUGGCCUCAAAUGUGAAACCUGAUAAAAAGGACCUGAGUGGGAACACGCCCCUGAUUUGCGCCUGCGCGGAGGGCCACCAUGAAGUCGCAGCACUACUGCUACAGCAUGGGGCCUCCUUGAAUGCUUCUAACAGCAAAGGCAACACAGCCCUGCACGAGGCCGUGAUGGGGAGCCACGUGUUCGUGGUGGAGUUGCUUCUACUCCACGGAGCAUCGGUUCAUGUCUUGAACAAGAGGCAGCGCACGGCCAUUGACUGCGCUGACCAGAAGUCAAAAAUCAUGGAGUUACUUCAAGUACUACCUAGCUGUGUGGCCUCCUUAGACGAUGUUCCGGAAUCAGACGCGGGCGAAUAUGUGACUGUGAAAAUCCGGAAGAAGUGGAACUCAACGUUGUACGGUCUCCCUGAUGAACCUUUUACAAGACAGUUUUACUGUGGGCCCUCCAUUGGUGGAUCUGAUUCCAGGGGAAAAACUUCAAAGGAGAUUAUGGCAAGAGGUAGAAGUGUCCCUAAUUUUACUGAGCCAGAGAGGCAAGGAGUCCCUGCAAAGCAGCAGUGUCCCCCAGAGCCGCCCAGAGGUGCAGCCGCCGACAGAGGAGAUGAGGGAUCUGCGCAGGGUGCUGGGCUGAGGCUGGCUGCUCCGGCCCCCAGACCCCCGAGGCCCCCGGUCAGCUGGCUGCAUCCUCAGAGCCCAGCCUCUCCCGGUCUGUGCCGUAAGAAGAGAUGAAUAAGUCGGCUGCGAGGCAUGAGGUGAGAUGGGAAUGCAGCUUGGAAACAACGAUGCUUACACAGAGACUUGAGAUAUCAUGCCCACCCCGGCAGAAAACUGGGCUUCCCUGUGGCGGGGCGAGGGCGAGCAAGAAAAAUGGCCACCACUGAGUGAAGCUGAUGGAUGAAAACUCACUCCAGACCCUUCAUCCAAGAUGUUGGUUUCUGCAUAAUGCAGUUUCCUGGUUAGGGAAGAAGUUCUGGCACCAGACUCUUGUCAGCCUUGGUACCAAAGGCAUCCAGCUACCAGGAGGAGCGGAAAUGGGCAAACCCUGAGCGGAGCAGAGAGAAGCCAUUUACAGUCCCUGGGGCUGGGGCGCUGAGAUGAAGGGUCCCUCAAAAGGACCGAACCUUUGCAAGCCACUUGAGCCCCUUGAGGCCACUCCUUUCAGUGCUGGGGGGCAGGCUGCUCUGAAAACACCGCCAUGAGCACACACCCUGGCUGGUGCAGAGCCCCCUGCACACAGCCUGGCCCGCCAGCCUCGCAUGGUCACGAGCACAGGUACUUUUGGCAUGUGUUUCCUUCAUCUCUUGGUUGAAAUUCACAUGCACAGCACAAACCAGGUCAAAGGUUCUUUUUGAGUUCAGAUGUCUUGUCCCUUCCUCCUUUUUAUAGAUUUCUAUAGAUGCUUUAUUUUUGUGCUUCUCCCUGUCCAGUGCUGGGCUCGUGGGCUUGCGAAUCCACUUCCCCUUGGGGGGGGGACGGGGACUGGCGCUGCCGUCCAUGGAAACACUCGUGUCUGUACAGAAGGAAAAGGCCGCAGUAUUUUUCUAUGAAGUAAUUUAUGAUUUCUAAUUUUCUAACGUGCCUUGGGUAUGUGCCAAAUGAUGGAGAAGAAACAGUAAACACUGUGGUUGCUGAGCGUA